AUGGAUGCAAUAUCUUUGGGCCAGCUCCCAAUGCUGAAUGGUUGCAUACAAGAGGCACUUCGCCUGUUCCCUCCUGCAAACGGCAAAGGCACCAAUAGGACAUCACCAGGUGUCAACAUCGACGGCGUUUAUAUCCCGCGAGGCAUCAAUGUCUCUGCGGAUAUGUAUACCAUUCAGAGAUCUCCAUUGUACUGGACCCGUCCAAAUGCAUUUUGUCCGGAACGUUGGUUCAACAAUGGCCCUGGAACAGAGUUUGCCAACGACAUCCGCUCUUCACAUUGUCCUUUUCUCCUCGGCCCACGAAUGUGCAUUGGGCGAGCUGUAGCCCUACAGUCUAUGAGGAUGGUACUUGCGAAAAUUAUCCACUCGUUCGAACUGCAAGCUGCCGAGAUGUAUAACUGGGAGACUGAUGUUUCCAGCUCAUAUCUUUGGACAGGAUACAGGUGCAUGGCUCGAGUUACACAUCGCUAG